GAGAGAAUGUGGGCCGAAUGUCUCCGCUUUCACACACAUAGGUAGUUUUCAAUUAGUGGUUUCCAAAAACAGACAAAUGCGAGGGGCUGGUGUCUCCUGCGUGUACCUCGUCAGUAUCCAAGUUGUACUCGUGCUGACUCAACCGGUCGGUCACCCUGGGCUUCCUUGGUACGUGCACAAAGAACACUUGGUCCAUCGAUUCCACAACAAAGCAAAUGAAGUGAGGCGUGCUACUGCCCAUCAACUUAUUGUGCAUGACGACAACCGUCCAUUUGUCUUCGUGUCUAACGAAACCGAAGUUGAUCCGGAAUUGAAACUACCAGCAGCCGAGUUGAGUGAUGCGGUGGAUUACUUCACUGGCUCACCAGAGAUGGUGAACCCCGAUGAGCACUCUCAUCAGGACCAUCACUAAAAUUUCACCCUUUUGUUUAAUUCAGUGCAAAUUAAAAACCUCGUAAAAACUGGAUUUCCAUUUGGC